AUGGCGGAUCCUCAGAUUUUAAAGAUGAAGGCUUUUCCGUUUUCACUUGAUGGAUCAACUUUGGAUUGGUUCGAAGAUUUGCCUAUGGGGUUUAUUACUUCUUGGGAAAAUCUAGUACGAGAAUUUUUGCAGAAGUUUUAUCCAGCAACAAGAGUGAUUAACAUGAGAAGUCAAAUAGCUGGAAUUCAACAAUAUGCAACUGAGACGUAUGUUGAGUACUAUGAUAGAUUCCAAAAGUUACUGAAAAGGUGUCCUCAACAUGGUUUUCCUAAAGGGAGUCCAUUACACUUCUUCUAUCAGGGUCUGAAUGAGUAUGAAAGGAGAUUAUUGGAUUCUUCUGCUAGAGGUGCUUUUAUUGAUUUAUCUCAUGAUGCUGCUGAACAACUAAUAUCUAAAAGAGCCGCCAAUGAACUAGACUAUGGGAGUCGUGCAAGGUCGGAAUCAAUUUUAGGUGUUGAAUAUGAUCAAAGGUUGACAAAGAUUGAACAAAACUUGGAGAGGUUGAGCGCAUUAAUUGAAAUUGGAAGAACACCUCAAAUUCAAGUAUGUGUUUUUUGCGCAACUCCAGGACAUUCUACCGAUUCUUGCCCAUCUUUUGGUUACGGAAAUCAGGAAGCAAAUCAUUUCUUAGAUACAUAUAAUUCAAGGAUGGGAGAUCACAUAAGGUAUGAAGAUACUAAUGGUGCUCUAUAUGGAUUUCAGUUUUGGGACAAUUCUCCACAUUUAGGUUUUCAGCAGAGGGAACCACUCCAUCAGAAUUCAACUAGUGGAAGCAAUAUUGAAAAAUUAUUGGUCAAAUUAGUUGAGGGACAGUUGGAGAUGCAAAAACAAUGUUCCAAAGAUUCUCAAGGCAUCAAGGAGGUGCAAACACAACUUGCGGGUGUGGGUAGCAAUAUAAAUCAAAAGCAUGAGUUUGUUGAAAUUCAUGAAACUACACAGCCACAACCAAAGUUUGUUGAAUUUUCAAUCUUUUUGGAUUUUAAAAAUUCUAUCUAG